GAUCAAAUCACCCACUUUAUUAAAUAUAUUUUAUAGCAAUUUUUUUUUUUAUAUUUCCAACGCUUUGCAAUGCAAUUGAAUUGAGCAAUCUUUGCAUUGCAUGGGCCUAGACUUAAAAUAGCGGUUUGAUUCCAUGAUAAUUAUCACUCUCCUCUUUUCCUUGUUUUAGUUUUACAGAAUUGUGUCUGUCUGCAGUUGGGAAUCAGCUAAAUUUUCUCAUCACUCUCUGAGGUGCUCAUUUGGAAUCGAACCCCCUACCUCUUAAGUUACUGGAUUUCAUAUGCAUGUUUUCUGGGGUUUCAUUGUCGCUAUUUGAAUCUCAAAUUAUAACAUUCGUUUGAUAUAAUCACCUUCUGAAGCAUAAGGGCACUGCUGCUUGUAAUGCCCAUGGACCCUACAGUGAAUGGAAGCUUUUCACUGGUCUCAUCUAUACAAUAUCAUGGGCUCAAAGAUGAACAUCUUGCUAUUGUAAUUCACCCACAAAGUUUUCCACAUCAGAAACGACACUGUUUUGGGAAUUCUUCUCCUGGCGAGUCUCCUUUGUUUGCUACCAAUCCAUCAAUUAUUUUACGUGUACUUACCGAAUAUGAUUUGGAUCCACGAGAUCUUGCAACCCUUGAGGUUACAUGUUCAUUCUUCAGGCAACCUGCAAACUUCUUUCCUGAUUUUAGUCUAUCUAUAUCUGAAGUUGCGGCACUGGAUAUGUGCCAAAAGAGAGCUAUAUUUAAACCAAUGAAGCAAGAACAAAAAAAUUUCUUGAAACAAAGAUGUGGUGGUUCAUGGAAGUUGGUAUUGCAGUUUCUAAAGACUGGUGAAAGGUGCUUCCGGCGUGAGAAGUGCCAAGCCAUAGCUGGCCCUGGUCAUAGUAUUGUGGUUACAAAAUCUGGGGCAGUUUAUUCUUUUGGUUCUAACAACUUUGGGCAGCUAGGUCACGGGACAAAAGAAGAUGAAUUGCGCCCAAGGUUAAUCAGGUCACUGCAAGGCAUUAAAAUUAUUCAUGCUACUGCUGGAUUAGGGCGCACAAUUCUUGUCAGUGACAUGGGACAAGUGUAUACAUCUGGUAGAGACUCAUUUUCAGAGUCUGAAUAUGAUGCCGAAGGCUCUAAUUUUAUCACCACUCUGAAGCUGGUGGAUUCAUUGGAUGGCAUUUUUGUAGUACAAGCUGCUAUUGGAAACUUCUUUACUGCUGUUCUCUCUAGAGAGGGCAAGGUGUAUACACUUUCUUGGGGAGAUGAUGCAAAACUUGGCCAUCAUACAAAUCCUCAUGAUCAGAAACCACAUUUGCUGAAAGGUGUUUUGGAGGAUAUUCCCGUAGUACAAAUUGCAGCAGGCUACUGUUAUUUAUUAGCUCUCACAUUUCAACCGAGUGGCAUGUCAGUAUAUUCAGUGGGCUGUGGGUUGGGAGGGAAGCUUGGGCAUGGCUCUAGGGCUGAUGAAUGCUAUCCUCGGCUAAUUGAGCAAUUUCAAAAUCUGAACCUGCAGCCAAUUGCUGUAGCUGCAGGUACAUGGCAUGCUGCUGUUGUGGGCAAAGAUGGACGUGUCUGCACAUGGGGAUGGGGUCGAUAUGGUUGCUUGGGACAUGGCAAUGAAGAGGCUCAAUCUGUGCCCAUGGUAGUUGAAUCACUCCGAGAUAUUAAAGCUGUCCAUGUUGCAACAGGUGAUUACACGACUUUUGUGGUGGCUGAAGAUGGGGAUGUUUAUUCCUUUGGGUGCAGUGAGUCAUCAAACCUUGGCCAUUUGAAUUCAGACUCUGACGAUCAGGCAAUUGUUCAUGAAAAUGUUCUCCACCCAAAAUUAGUCUUGUCAUUGAAACAGAAACGGGAACAGGCUGUGCAUAUCAGUUUAACAAAUUCAGUCUAUUGGAAUGCUCACACUCUUGCACUGACAAGAUCUGGAACUCUUUAUUCAUUUGGAACGGGAGAUAGAGGGCAACUUGGAACAGAGAUGGUUGCUCAGCAAACUGAGAAAGAAAACCCCACACGUGUUGAUGUUGAUCUGAACUAAAGACAGUGUGCCUCAUUCCAAACAUGUGGAUAUGAAUCCAAACCAAAGCUGUCAUGUCUCCUUCCAUUCUUUGUAAAUUCUCUCCAAUUGUGAAGUCUUUUUAGUGCUGGUUCUUGUCUAACCUGUGUAAGGCCUUUAAUCCUUUCUACUUCUCUCCUUUAGAUGUACAUUCCAAAUCCUUUACCCGCUAACAAAGAUAUCUACCAACUUUAUUCCCGCUUUACACUCAGCUGAGCUUUUUCAGUACCAUCAGAUCAAGGUUUAUGCAUAAAAAACUUAAACCUCAAAAUUCAGGCAGGUUGAAUAGCAUGGCAUAUGAGAGGACAUUGGAAGGAUUUGCAAUCAUCUACUAUUUUUGAUGACUUUUCAAAUUUACUGCUUGCUUUUAAUAGCUGAAUGACAAUAAUAUUGCCAAUUUAGUUGAAUGGUAGAAGUUAUUCUCGGUUUUAUAGUUCCUGACAAAAUUAGGCCAACCUAAGAAUUUGUGGAGGCUCUAAAGAGAGCCAUGUGUCUAUUUGGGUUCUGCAUUCUCUCCUCAUUUAAAUAUUGUCAUUAUUACGUAAAUAUUGGCAUCAAGAAAAUAUAAUGAAAACAAGGACUAUGGUUAUGCUACAGGUAAGAUCCUGUACCAGUGAAAAUGAAAUUUAAGUAUUUUCACUGAUUACCAAGGGCCCAUAUAUUAGUGUGUUCAUCAUUUUUAUGGAGAAUGAAUGUAUGGCACAACUAGCUUUGUGUGGCAUGAGAUACAAGAUAUUUGAUGUGCAUCGGAUUUAUCAAUAUCAUUAAAAGUUUAAACACU